AUGGCCGCACUGCUUUCCUGUGCAACAGAAAUACGUAACGGAAUACAGACCCAUAUAAAAAAAACUGAAAACAUUGAAAAAAUAAUAGAGCGGAAACACGGUCGAACAGAGAUGCAAGAAACAUCGAUACCAUCCCUAAAAUACGACUUGAGAAGAAGCAAAAGAAAAGCAGACGAGAUGAUAACGGAAGUAAAAAGAAUGAAAACUGAGGAAACAGAUCGUAUUACUCGCCUAGAGCAACAUGUACAGCAAACUAAAGAAGGGUUCAAAACCGAGAUGGCAGUAAUGCGAAACCAACUCACUGACACGCAAAACGAAUUAAUGGAGAUGAAAACAGCUCUUCAUACAGGGCAGACCGCCUACAACUUCGAAAAGGACCUCGCGACAUACAUCUAUCCACCAGGAACGUCAAUCACAUUCGGCCGAAUAUUUUCAACCAUGAUGAAAUGGCUGCAGGACAAUAAGGAUACGCCAGAAGGACGUGAAGGAAACAAGAAGUGGAAUGCAUUGAAGAGGAAGUUUAAGUGGUCAAAUAAACACGAACAAGUAUUUUUUAAAAUGCUCAAGUGUAGGAGAAAACCCGCGCACCCGAAGGUCGACUAUAAAUUGCCGAUUCCUGAUAACUUCAGCAAGGACGAAGAGAGAUACGUUGAAGAUAUCCGUAAAAUGACCAUUCGAGUGAACGAACUAGUAGGUUUGCCUAAUCCUAAUCUUAACUCUUAA